AUGACUGAACCUAAAGAAUACAAUGAGCCAAUGAAGAAAAAAAUAAAUUUUACUUUCAAAAAUGAAAUGAAAGAACCUAAUAAAAUAAUAAUCAAAAGGGUUGGUAAAAUGAGUUCUGGUUAUAACAUAUCUAUUAUUAACUCCCCUACAAAAGUUUUAUCUAAGUCAUAUGAAGUAAAUCAAUUAAUGAAACUAAAUAAAGUUAAUGAAAUAAUCAAAGUUCAUUGUUUCCUAGAUGAUAUACAAUUUCAAAAUGAUUGCAUCUUAAUAUUUAAAAUAUGUGAUGUGAAAGAUCCAGAAGUUACCAUUUAUGGGAAGUUCUGGACUCGAGAAAGUAAUCCACAAUAUCUAUCAAAAAUGGAAUGUCAUAUCAUGGGAAGGUUAAUAUUUCCAAAAGUUGAAAACAAAGAACCUAUCUUUAAUUGUAUUUGGAUUGGAAAUGGAAAAGAAAAUAUUUAA